CUAUACCAAGACUCAGACUCUGUCAUCUCCGAGUGUGUUACAUAGACACUCUGAGUGAUACAGUAAAAUUUUCCUUGGUGCCUGCCUGUUUAGAAGAAGCCAGGUGUCGGCCAUGGGGAAGUUACCCAUGAUCCUACUGGCUGUCUUCGUUAUUGCCGUGGCAGGGCAUACCCCGACAGAACAAGAACUUUCCGCGACUUCGUCAGAACCGGGACGCAUUCUCCCAGACUGGACGAUGGCACGACUUCGCUACGACGGCUGCAGGAUCUAUGCGGAGUUUGAGCCGGAGGAUUUGUCUGGUAAGAUGUGUGAAGAGAAGCGGGAACUGACUGAGAUUGACGACAAAACCCAAUCGGCACUGAACUUCAAAGCGCCGUCACCGAAGUCCUGUUCAGAUGGCUACUCCAAGUACAACAGAAAAUGCUACAAGUUCUCAACUGACAAAAUGGCGUUUAAGGCAGCCAAAGAUGCUUGUCAACGGGAUGGAGGACUGUUAGCAACCAUCAAUGCCCAAGACACCAACGACCUGGUUGUGAAGAAAAUAAGAACAGGGUUGGGUUAG